AGCUCGCGCUUAAAAGUCGUUUUGUUCUCUAUGAUUUUGGGGUCGCUACAUUUUUGAAGCUAUGAUCACAACCUGUUCGACAAUAUUCCUAUGUGACUUUCUUAGUUUGAAAAUGUAUAAAAACUAAUGAUUUUGGUACCCAUCCAGUACUUACUAUCGGAAAAGAUGGUGAUCGGAGCCACAAAAAUUUGCAGAUCCUUAUUUCAUUACCGUAGUCGAUUCCCUUCCGUUCAUUCAUUCUCUUCUUCACAAAUGCUUCAAGAAACCGUGAGAGCUGCAGUGGAAGCUAAAGCAUACCAACAAAUUCCUGACCUUUUUGUUUCUUCAAAACAGUCUGGCGAAAAGCCGAAUCCUUUCUCGUGCCUCUCCAAUUUCUCACAGCAACUUAGGACACAAGUAAUUGAUGAGAUUCUACAAUCUUUCAUCCUUAUUAGACCUCGUUCACGGCCCCAGCUUGCCUAUGGCUGCCUCCUUUCUUACACCCUCCAAAAUUCCAAUCCUCUCCCUCUUGCUCUCGCCAUCCUGCAACGCAUGAUUCGUUCUGGUUGCGUUCCUGCUCGUCAGACCCACCUCCUUCUUUCCUCUGCCUGGCUUGACCGCCGGCGUCAAUCUCAGUCUGUUGCUAAUAUUCUGUUGGAGAUGCAGUCCAUUGGAUAUCAUGCUGAUUGUGGCACUUGCAAUUACUUAAUAUCAUCUCUCUGUGCUAUGGAUCAGUUGGUGGAGGCUGUGAAUGUUUUGAAGGGCAUGGCUGGGGCAGGAUGUGUUCCUGAUUUGGAGAGUUAUGGCACUGUAAUUGGUGCAAUGAGUGUCGCCAGAAAAACGGCCGAGGCUGUAGAGAUGUUGAAGCAAAUGGUGGUUAAAGUGGGACUGACACCAAGGCAGGGGAUAGUGUUUAAAGUGGCAGCAGCAUUGCGGGCAAACAGAGAGAUAUGGACAGCAGUUAAGAUGAUUGAGUUCUUGGAGACUGAGGGUUACUCGGUUGGCUUUGAGACCCAUGAGUCUGUGUUGGAGGGCUGCUUGGAGUGUAAAGAAUAUCUUUUGGCAGGAAAGGUGGUGAUGGGGAUGACAGACAAAGGGUUUAUACCAUAUAUCAAGGUCAGGCAAAAGGUGGUGGAGGGGCUUAUUAAUAGUGGUGAAUGGAAGCUUGCUUGUACAGUGAGGGAAAGAUUUGCAGAGUUAGGGUCUUAGCUGCAUCCAUUUCUUUGGAUUUGGGAAAUAAAAAAUCUGUUACAUAGGAAGGAACCACUGAAGCUACGAUGGGUAAUGUGUUUUUUUUUUCAAGUAAUGCUACACUUGGAUGUGUGAUGGGUAUUGCAGUACUGAAUUGUGAUAUGUACAUGGGGCUUAUUUCAAUUUGACGGCUUCCAAUUGUUUGUUUUCGUAGUGAUGACUGCCAAAGCUUCAAUAGUGAAGUCCGUUAUCUAUAUUUCUUUCUUUUUUUGGUGAUUGUAGCACAUGUAACAUAUCAGCUUUUCAUCCCAGGAGGAGGUUUUGCUAUUAUCAUCUUUGAAAUUCAA